AAAUGUGACAGAGACGGACGUGAAUUUAAAUUCGAUAAAUUGUUGGACACUUCAUCAGAAGAAGACAAUGAAGAAACUGAUACUCCCAAUCAGCAAAAAUCAUCCGGUGAUUCGGAACUAAAGCCACCACCGAUAUCCGAUGGUCCUGAUCAAACAAUUCUAGCAUUGGUAUGGAAGAAAAAUUACAUUGGAGCCGCUUAUUAUAAUUUUAGUACAUCACAAUUAUUUGUGAUGGACGAUGUGAUGGAAGAUGACUUUGAUUAUCAGAUAACAAAAGCUCUUUACAAACAAUGCCAGCCCCAGUGUGUCCUGAUAUUGAACGGAGCACCAGAUCCUUUUAUAACAUCAGUAAAAAAAUCUAUAGCCCGAGAUCUAGCCGAAGACAAUCAAUCUCUACCAUCGACAUCAACGGGUGUCACUCGUAUGGUCCAGCCGGUUCUGAAAAUUCUACCGAAGAAUGAAAAUAAUUACGACAAUUGUUACCAUCGGGUGCGUUGUCUUAAACUGGACUGCGAGCCUGAGGACGCGACCAACGCAGACCGAAUUAUUUUUCUCAACUCUCUGCUUAAUUUCAAGUCCCGCACGAUGAUCCAUUCUCUGGGUUUACUUCUCAAGUAUCUUGACGAGAACUGGAACAAGUUGUCGUUGACUCCUUCAGGUCAAGCUCGCUACGUUUAUAUUAAUUAUAUUUUUCUGCAAGACUUAGUUAUGAUCGAAGAUGACACUUACAAGUCAUUAAAUAUCAUGCAGUCCCGUUUCCACCCGAGUCUUUUUAAAUUCGGCGCCACUCAAAAUCAGGGAAACGAUUUGUACACAUUUUUGAAUCGAUGCCAGUCCCGCCCUGGCGCUUAUUACCUCUGGAAACUUAUGAAACAUCCAACGAGAAAUAUAAAAAUUCUACAGGAACGCACCCAAGCAAUUGAAUUUUUUUUGGAUAUUGACAACCAACAUGUCGUUCAUAAUUUGAAGUCAUGUUUGAAUCACGUCCAUCGACUUACGCCGGCUAUUUUAAAUAAAUACUCGACUGCCCAAGCCAAGACAUCUGAUUGGGGAAAAUUUGAUACAACUCUAGUAAAUAUAAUAACAAUCGGAGAAAUUUGUCAGCAGUAUCGUGACUCAGUGGGAAUAUUUGCUAAAAUAACAGACUCAAUAACAGAAGGGAUUCACUAUGCCCAUUAUUUCAUCGACUACAUAAUUGACUUCGAGAUGAGUAAAAAACAAGGAAAAUUUAUCGUCAAAAGAAAUGUUGACCCAGAGCUAGAUGAAUUAAACGAUUUAAGACACUCGCUACCCGAACGUUUGACAGCCAAAGCGACCGAAGAAUUAGAAAACCUGCCUUCGAAUGUCGAGAAAUGUAUAAUGGUCUACAUACCUGAUAUUCAGUACUGCUUGGCAAUUACUGAAUGGAACGGAACUCCUCCCGAUGAUGAAAUUAUACCUGGUUUAGAGUUUAAGUUUUCCAUUAAUAAUAUUCGCUAUUACAAAAGCAAAGGCGCUAGAGAAUUGGAUCAAACAAUGGGUGACAUUUUGUUAAAAAUAACAAGAAGACAAAGUCAGAUAAUGCUAAGACUUGUUAAUUACAUUAAGAAACACAUAGGGCCGGUACUUAAUGCAAUUGAAUAUUGCGCUGAAUUAGAUACACUUUUGUCAUUUGCAACAGUAGCGGUCUCACACAAUUACGUGAAACCGGAGAUGGUUAAAUCCCAUGUAAUAAACAUAAAAAAAGGACGUCAUCCUCUGAGUGAACUAAAGAAAGAUUUCGUAGCAAACGACACGCAAUCCGGAGGCGGAAGUAGUCUCGUUAAAAUAUUCACUGGACCAAACGCUUGCGGAAAGACCAUUUACUUGAAACAAGUUGCCCUGAUUGUCUACAUGGCACAUAUAGGCUGCUAUGUACCCGCGGAGACAGCGAAAAUAGGAGUGGUCACUCAUAUUCUGACUCAGAUGCCCACGAUGGAGAGCAUCGCGCAGAACGCGAGUGCUUUUCUGAUUGACCUGAGGCAAACAAACAGUCUUUUGUACUCGUCCACCCCGAACUCUUUGAUAAUAAUGGACGAGUUCGGCAAAGGAACUUCGGAAACUGAUUCCCUGGCUCUGCUCACCAGCAUUCUGAAGAGUUUCAUUUCAAGAGGGAAUUACUGCCCGCAUAUUUUAUGCGCGACUCACAUCCAUCGGGUCAUUGAACUCUUACCGAAGACACCCAUACUCCAAUCAAUGACAUUUGAUUAUGUACUCGAUGAAGAUAACUCGUUAGUGUUUCUCUACGAAUUAAUAUCCGGUAACGUAACUUGUAGUUUUGCUCAUGCAACCGCAAUUAGUGUUGGUCUUGCAGAAAACGUUGUUCUACAUGCAAUUAAAACUUUCAUGAGCAUUAAAAAAGACAAAUUACCACCUUGUAGUCCCGAUGAAGACCGUGCUAAUGUAGUUAAACAUAUCGCUGAGCUGGCCAAUGAACAGAAGUAUCAAAUUGAUAUGCAAGAGUUCAAGCAGUGGAUCCUCCAAGCAAUCAAUCGAAAAUAAAAUAAUAAUUAUGUAAUAAACUAUUAAAAAAAAAAUAUUUAAUUGUGUUUAAAAAAUUAAUUACCUGUAUCAUUAUUAAAAUUUUGUAUGAAUGUAAAUGUAGCAGACAUCAGAUAAAUUAAAAAUUAUGAUCCUGAAGUUAACAGACAAUGGACAAUUUUCGGAUUUUUUUUCCAACGAAUCAAUUACGAAAAAAUAAAAAUAUGCACCUGUAGAAAAUUUAAUAAACUACAGGUGCAAUUUUUUCAAAUAUUUUUUUUCAACAAUUUAUCGUUUUAAAAAAACUCAAAAAAUUAUUAGACCUCGGCUAACUUCAGUAUCAUUUAAAAUUAUAAAUAAAUAGAGUAAAUAAUUAAUAAAAUUGAAUUGUAAAA